UUCGAGCAGAGAUAAUAACGACUUAAUUAAUCGUCAGGAGUGCUCGAAAGUCGUUUUUUUUUUGUUUGCCUUGUUUAUUAGCGGUCUCGUUAUAACGGGGGAGUAAACAGCGGGUUUGAUAAUUCGGUGCGUACCGAGCGGCACCGCAAUCGCGAGUGUCGCGGCGACCGUUACGUAUCCAGCCAGCCACGGACUCGCGCGAGACAUGAAAUUCGCUGAGCACCUGAGCGCGCACAUCACCCCGGAAUGGCGCAAACAGUACAUCAAUUACGAAGAAAUGAAGGCGAUGCUGUACGCGGCGGUGGAGGAAGCGCCUUCCGCGGAAACCGUCGACGCGGAAGACGUCCAGAAGCACUUCGCCAACUUUGACGAGCACUUUUUCCUCUACUGCGACGGCGAGCUGAAGAAGAUCAACACGUUCUACGCGGAAAAGAUGGCGGAGGCGAACAGAAAGUUCGCGACGCUGAAGACCGAGCUCAAAGACACCACCGACCACGAGAGGCUCGGCAAGAGGCGCGAGCGGCGCCAGGUCGCGGUCCGCAAGCGGCAGGACCUGAAGCUCGCGUUCAGCGAGUUCUACCUCAGCCUGAUCCUGCUGCAAAACUAUCAGACGCUCAACAACACCGGCUUCCGCAAGAUCCUCAAGAAGCACGACAAGUUGCUAAACACGGACGUGGGUAUGAAGUGGCGCGAGGAGCAAGUGGAGACCUCCCACUUCACCACCAACAAGGACAUCGACAAUCUCAUAGCGGAGACCGAGAGCCUAGUGACGAACGAGCUCGAGGGCGGCGACCGCCAGAAGGCGAUGAAGAGGCUGCGCGUGCCGCCGCUCGGCGAGCAGCAGUCCCCGUGGACGACGUUCAAAGUGGGCCUGUUCUCGGGCUCGUUCAUUGUGCUGUCGAUCGCGGUCGUACUCACGGCGAUUUUCGCGGAGCCGACGAGCGAUAACCUCAAAAUCGGGUUCCGGAUGUACAGGGCGCCGCUGCUCGUCAUCGAGUUCCUCUUCCUGCUCGGCGUGAACGUGUACGGAUGGCGCUCGUCGGGCGUGAACCACGUGCUCAUAUUCGAGCUCGACCCCCGCAACCACCUCUCCGAGCAGCACCUCAUGGAGAUGGCCGCCAUUCUGGGCGUCGUGUGGUCCAUGAGCCUUCUCAGUUUCAUGUACAGCAGCAGCCUGAGCGUGCCGCAGUACGUCAACCCGCUGGGCCUGGUUUUGAUCAUGUUCGCGUUCGUCGUGAACCCCUUGAAGAUGUUCCGGUACGAGGCGCGGUUCUGGUUCCUCAGGCUGUGCGGCCGCAUGAUCUCCGCGCCCUUCUUCCACGUCGGCUUCGCCGACUUCUGGCUCGCCGACCAGCUCAACAGCCUCGUCGGCGGCCUCCUCGACGUUCAGUUCCUCACGUGCUUCUACUUCACCAACGGCAACUGGGUGCACGCCGGAGAUACGUCUCAGUGCAUGGAGAACAACUUCGUGGUGCGGCCGAUCGUCAACUGCAUCCCGGCAUGGAUCCGGUUCGCUCAGUGCCUGAGGCGGUACUACGACACCCGCGAGGCGUUCCCCCACCUGGUUAACGCCGGCAAGUACUCGACUACGUUCUUCGUGGUCGCGUUGGGCACCCUCAAGUCCUACUACAAACCUCACUACGAGUCGUCGCUGGACAACCCGUAUUUUGUGCUGUGGAUCGUCGCUCAGGUGGUGAGCUCCACGUAUACCUACAUCUGGGACAUCAAGAUGGAUUGGGGCCUUCUCGACAAGAACGCCGGCGAGAACCGCUUCCUCAGGGAGGAGAUCGUUUACUCGUCAACGUUCUUCUACUACUUCGCGAUCGUCGAGGACCUGGUGCUCCGGUUCACGUGGACCGCGAACGUCUACCUCACGGAGUGCAACUACGUCAGCGGCGACGUGCUGACGUCGAUCUUGACGCCGCUCGAGGUGUUCCGGCGCUUCGUGUGGAACUUUUUCCGGCUCGAGAACGAGCACCUCAACAAUUGCGGCAAGUUCCGCGCGGUGCGCGACAUCUCCGUCGCGCCUAUCGACUCCUCGGACCAGAUCCAGAUCCUGAGGAUGAUGGACGACGAGGACGGCGCGGUGAACCGCGGCCGCAAGAAGACCGGCAAGAGGAAGGAGGACAAGACGCCGCUGUUGCCGGAGGCGACCAUCGUCAACAUCAAGUCCAUCCCCUUCUCCACCAUCCAGGGCUGAGGACGCACAAGGAGGGGGGGCCGGGUGUACAGUAUAUUAUAUUUUAUUAUUUUUUUCUAAACUAAGCAAUAAAGGGUAUCGCGAGUG